GAACGCGGCCCUUCCCCCGCCCAGGAGCCACGCCAGACCGCCGCACUCAGAGGACUGUUUGUUAAUAGUCCAAUUAGAUAAUUGCCAUCUUUCACUCCUUUUGCUCCGCAUUUCCCAUAAAGGAAUGAAUGGGGAGAGCGGCGUGGAGAGGGCUUCUGCCCCGGCAAGGUGACGAGAAGGGCUGGAGCAUGCUCCUUGCACAAGGCCAUGCGCUUGAAUUGAAUCAUUGUAGCCUAAUCAAUGCUCUUAUUGGAUUACUGGCUGUUGCUUUUCUCAAAGAUAUUGUAGCAGAGACAAUGAAAUAGCUAGGGGAAAACUUUUUUUUUUUAAGCAGAUCUCACAGUUGAGAUUUUCUCUGCUCUCUCUCUCCCUCGCUCCCUCGCUCUCUCCCUCGCUCUCUCCCUCUCUCCUGCUGGACUCUCCGAGUACAAAGCUGCCCUUUGAAUGGGCUGCCUCUGGGCUGCUGGAGGUGCAGGCAUGAAAAAAUCCAACUGGAACUAAAUGAAGAGAGGUGGCAGUUUAAGAUGGCUGUCAGCAUGGAGGUGUGUUAAGGAGUUCUCGGACAGAAAGCUCGGCUUUUUUUUGAGUGUGGGGGAGAUACUUUGGGGGGAAACUUUUUCUCCUCCCCACGCAGAGGCAACUGCUUUCUUCUGCGGCAGCGUGUGUGAGGGGCACCCCCUCCCUUCAGCUCGGUCUGGCGAGUGUGGAGGAAGCCCCUCUAGCCAGUAUGUGAGCAGGGGGGUCAAAGGCAAAGGGAAAGUUAAUAAUGCCUGCUAAUGGUACUAACAAUUCAGGAUGAAUCUUGUCAAAAGUUUUUCUGGAAGUGUAGGUCUUUGAUUGUGUGUUUCCUGAAAGCAAGACCAAUCAUUUCCGUUUGUUCACUGGCUAAACCCCUACUUGAUUGGGGACAAGGACAGAAACCAUCCAUUACGAUCUGAUAUAUUAUCCAAACAAUUUAGUGUAUUCAUGAGGUAACCGAAACGUGGGGGCUGCGAAAUUACCCGUAAUCAAUUGCAACAGCGAGUGCGCGUCCCCCCCGGGUGUCGGACAACUACAACUCGCCGGCGUCUCAGUCCCAGGCGGGAGCCGAAGCGUCGCGGAGUUGCGCUGUUCGCUACCUGAUCGCCAGGCUGGGGACACUGGACGUGCUCGGAGGACGCGGGCGCUGACGAGGCGGCCUCGUCGCUGCUCCGCCGGGAUCCCGGACUCGACCGACGUCUCCGCGAGCGCGCCACUCUCCGGCGCCGCUGGCCCCCCGCGCCCACCGAGGCCGCCCCGCGGGGACGUUCAUUCCCGCCGCCCGACCGAGCGUAGGGGCUGCGUUGUAGGGGUUUUGUCUCCCUUUGCCUUUUUAUUUUUCCUUUUUCCUUUCCUCUUCUUUUUCGUGUUGUUUUGCCUAUGUUCGGGAAACCAGACAAAAUGGACGUCCGGUGCCCCUCGGACGCCGAGGCCGCCCGGGUCUCGAAGAGCGCGCACAAGGAGAGCCGGGAGCUCAAGGGCGCCGAGGGGAGCCUCCCGGCCGCCUUCCUCAAGGAGCCGCAGGGCGCCUUUUCGGCGUCGGGCGCCGCGGAAGAUUGCAACAAAAGUAAAUCCAAUUCCUCAGCCGACCCGGAUUACUGCCGCCGGAUCCUGGUCCGAGAUGCCAAGGGGUCCAUCCGAGAGAUCAUCCUGCCCAAGGGCUUGGAUCUGGACCGGCCCAAGAGGACCCGAACGUCCUUCACUGCGGAGCAGCUCUACCGGCUGGAGAUGGAGUUCCAACGAUGCCAGUACGUGGUGGGCCGCGAGAGAACCGAGCUCGCCCGGCAGCUCAACCUCUCCGAGACCCAGGUGAAGGUCUGGUUCCAGAACCGGCGCACCAAGCAGAAGAAAGAUCAGGGCAAGGACUCAGAGCUGAGGUCGGUGGUGUCGGAGACCGCGGCCACGUGCAGCGUGCUGAGGCUGCUGGAGCAAGGCCGCCUGCUGUCACCGCCGGGCCUGCCUGCGCUGCUGCCGCCUUGCGCCACGGGCGCCCUCAGCUCGGCGCUGCGCGGACCCAGCCUACCGGCCCUGGGCGCGGGCGCUGCUGCGGGCUCAGCCGCCGCCGCCGCCGCCGCCGCCGCCGCCGCUGCCCCAGGCCCCGCGGGCGCGGCCUCUCAGCACCCACCGGCCGUGGGUGGCGCUGCUGGCCCGGGGCCCGCGGGGCCAGGGGGACUGCACGCGGGAGCGCCGGCCGCGGGCCAUGGCCUCUUCAGCCUGCCGGUGCCCUCGCUGCUUGGCUCCGUCGCCAGCCGCCUGUCUUCCGCCCCGUUGACAAUGGCUGGUUCGCUAGCCGGGAAUUUGCAAGAACUCUCCGCCCGGUACCUGAGCUCCUCGGCCUUCGAGCCUUACUCCCGGACCAACAAUAAAGAAGGGGCCGAGAAAAAAGCGCUGGACUGAUUUUAAGUGUUUCCCUGUAUUUAUAUUUAUAGUAUCUAUUGUGGUGAUAUUUAUGGAUUCACGCGCGUUAGGCGCCCAGGGCUCCUGCGCUGGCCUCCUGGCUCCACCAGGCCUCUGACAGCUCUUACCACCAAGCUCUGCAUCUCACUUGGGCUACUAUCUUUUUUUUUUUCUUUCCCGCCCCGCCUCCAGCCCGCUUCCUUCUGAAUGCAGGAGCGAUCCAAAGAAUUGAGGGGAAUACCCGAAUUAGCCAACCUGAAGUCCCAACCAAUGCUCACCUCUGGAGGGCAAAGACUGGUUCUAACUCCGGGGCGCAGGACACCUGCUCUAGAUCGGGCUGCUGGCGCUGCGGAUUAUACCUAUGAAUAUUUGAAAGACGAAAGCUUUACGCAGACCCCAGGGGCUGAAAAAGCGUGCAGGUUUCUUUAGACCAAAAAAGGAGGACAUUUCUUCCUCUUGCCAGAGAAACCAGGGCUUUUGGGAGCCCCUGGGCCCCCCCCUUUGCGGACCUCUCGAAAUUGAAGAUGCACACUUAGCUUCCUGGCGGACACUUUCUGCCGAGUUUUCCCUCUUUCAGGGAAACUCAGAUCACAGCCGCCCUUGACCCCAGGGAAAAAUAAACCAAGCAUCAUAGUAGGCAACGGUAGUGAUAAAUUUGAUCUAAUCAGCAAUAAAGAUUGAUAAUAACUACUACAUCAAACCAGAUGAAAUGGAACCAGUUUUUAAAUAUUUGUAAUAAUGGAGUUUGGAAGGUGUAAGAAAGAUCAGAAUAGAGAAUGCGCCACGGGGCAAUGCAAAAUUAAAAGUUCUGGGUGUUUUGACUUUAAACAGGAAUUUAAAGGAGGGAAAGCAAAGAAAACGUCUCCAGUAAAGAAAAGUCAGACUCUUUUCUUCAAGGCUGUUUGGGGCAGUGCUGGACAGAGUCUCAGUCCUUCCCAAGAGCCCAGUGUGGCCGCAGGGAGCUGUCCGGACCUCAGCGCUUCGGCCCACGGCCUCUCAGACGCGUGGCUGGGGCAGAAUGGCAGGGUUUGGAAACGAAUCUUCACACCCAUCGCCUCCUUUUCCACACUCCCAGAUUAACAAAACCUUUCAAGCAGGCAAGGAACGCCUGGAUUUCAGCGCAGUUCUUUCCCUAAGGGGAGGUAGGGACGCUGCCGGGUCGUCCCUCAAAUCCCAAAGGUUUCCUGCGAGGCUGAAAGGCAUUCACUGUCGCUCCCCAGCCACGGGGCUUUCGUGGUCCCAAGUCGGAACCCCGACUGUCGCGGUGGCGCGGCCUCACCCCUACCCUGCGCAGCGACGACAGUCCCGACAGCCACAGCCACCCGCAUCUUAACCAAAAUCACAGACCCAGACAGCGAGAUGCGCAGUGUCUAGAAUGUAUUUGUCCCUCCGAAAUGAGCGCAAACCAUUUUUAAAAAUAGUAACUUUAUUGUAAAUUAUUUACGCUGGAAGCUUUUUUUCCCUUUCCCUUUUUUAUUUUUAUUUAGGCAAAUAGUGAAAAAAUAAUGAAUGAUUCAAACGCGGGUAGGUGUCCCUGAAUCCUGGCUACUAACUUUGUUCUGAAUGUUUUGGCUAUUUGGAUGUUUUGUAUUUAUGUGGUGAGA